AACCUGGAGCGGCUGUGACGUCGCCGCCGCCCAGGCUGGAGGCGCCGCCCUCUCGGCUGCUAAACUCGGCCUCGCGUCUGCGGCGAUCCAGUCGGGUCUCGCUCGCUCCGUCGCUCGCUCGCUCGCCCCCUCUGCCGCGUCCCAGCGACCGCCGCGGCGAAGAUGGCUUCCGGAGUGCAAGUUGCUGAUGAAGUAUGUCGCAUAUUUUAUGACAUGAAAGUUCGGAAGUGCUCCACACCAGAAGAAAUCAAGAAAAGGAAGAAGGCUGUUAUUUUUUGUCUCAGUGCAGACAAAAAGUGCAUCAUUGUAGAAGAAGGCAAAGAGAUCUUGGUUGGCGAUGUUGGGGUAACCAUAACUGACCCUUUCAAGCAUUUUGUGGGAAUGCUUCCUGAAAAGGAUUGUCGCUAUGCUUUGUAUGAUGCAAGUUUUGAAACCAAGGAAUCCAGAAAAGAAGAACUGAUGUUUUUUUUGUGGGCACCAGAAUUAGCACCACUGAAAAGUAAAAUGAUCUAUGCAAGCUCCAAAGAUGCAAUCAAAAAGAAAUUUCAAGGCAUAAAACAUGAAUGUCAAGCAAAUGGUCCAGAAGACCUAAAUCGGGCUUGUAUUGCUGAAAAGUUAGGUGGAUCCUUGAUUGUAGCUUUUGAAGGGUGCCCUGUGUAGACCCUCAUUCAGUGCCACAACCGAAAGCUUCCGUGUUUAAUGUUAUUCUCUUGCUCUAUUCAGUAAAGCAAAUAUGCUUAGGCCAGGGUCUCACUGGGGGUGGGGGGACUUUCUUAAAAUGAAAUAUUAUGUAUAUGUGUGCAAAUGGCCAUACAUAAAUCAAAAACCUAAAGUUAUCAUGAUGUAAAAUUAACUGCUUACUGGCCAGAUGCCUGUUGGGAUGAGUUGGCUUCUAAAGAUAUUUCUGUUACUUUCAUGAAACGUAAUAAUGCAGUUCACAAAAGAGAACCAAGCCCUUUGAUUACACUUUUGUUAACCUCCUCAUUAUCUGGCUAUAAAUUUGGCCUGGAUUCUUUUAUUCUCUGGAACUCCACUGAAGAAUGAAAAUGAACUCUCCUCACCACCUCUGCCAGCACUAAUAUAUUAACUACAGCGAAAUUAAGUGAGGUAGAAUGUUUUUACUCCGCUCAGAAUGUGUGGUACAUGCUGCCUCAGAAUUGUGGAUGCUCCAGACCGGCACUACCCUUGCAAAUCACUCUUCAAGCAUGUCAUUAGUGACAUCCCUUUGCUCUCCACUUGCGUGUUCAGAGACUGUUCUGAGUGGCAUCACCUCUUGGAAGCCAUGGUGUGUCCUUGGGAGAGCAUGCAUUACCUGUGAUGGAUGACAGAUUGUCACACAGAUUAGAACAUCAUUGUCCGACACUUUUGGAUGACUGAUUGUAACAGAGAUUAGAACGUCAUUGCCCAUCUCCUUGUCAAUGAAAAUGUUCUAUUUUGACAAGCGAGGACACCUGUGAUAUCUGUAAUUGUGUCUCCCUCAGAACUUUAUUGCUUCUGCUAUAAAAUGUAUGGAAGAACAAUAAUCAUGCAUUUGCUUUGGGGCCAGGAGAGCUUCUUUUUUCCUAGUGCAGGUGGGCUCAAGAUGGAAUGGGGAGCCGGCAUGGUGAGUGACGAUCUAGGAAGCACUGGGGAGUGAUUGUCUUUAAAAAUCACAGACAUCACUCUUGGAACAGUAGAGGUACACAGUCAGUCUAAUGUAGUAGUAGCUCUAUUUGCUUUAUGUAAUAAAGGAAGCAUUUUUAACUUA